AUGAACACCGUAACUUUUGGAACAGCGAGUGCUCCAUAUCUUGCCAUCAAGAUCCUGAAAAAAGUAGCUGAUGAUGAGAGCGACAAUUUUCCGGAAGGGGCGAAGGUGGUACGUGAAGACAUGUAUGUCGAUGACCUGAUCAGUGGUGCCGAUUCGAUCGAAGAGGCACGAAAGGAACGUGAUGAAGCCAGCCAACUUUUAGCGUCAGCGGGAUUCAAUUUAAGAAAAUGGACCAGCAAUGUUAAAGAACUUGUCGAAGACAUUCAAGUUCAAGACCGGGAACUCGAUUUUGAGCUUCCGUUUAACCUGUCCAACCACGUCAAAGCUCUCGGAAUCAAGUGGUUUCCCAUCGAUGAUUGUUUUUCGUAUCAAAAUCUCCAACCUUCGACAGAAGCAACCACAAAAAGGUCAAUAUUAUCGACCAUAGCCAAGCUGUUUGAUCCACUUGGUUGGAUUUCACCAUGUGUCGUCACUGCAAAAAUUAUAAUGCAAAGACUAUGGAACCGUGGUUGUAAUUGGGAUGACCCAAUUCCAACGGCUUUAAUGAAAGAAUGGGAAGCUUUUUAUCGAGAUUUUCCUCUUAUCGAGCGACUUCGAAUUCCCAGAUGGACUCAUAUAAGUCCGACCAACAUGGCGAUCGAGCUGCACGGAUUUUGUGACGCUUCAAUGAAGGCAUACGGGGCAGCAGUUUACGUACGCGUCCUUGAUAGCAAUGGCAACAUCCACGUCAAUCUCAUUUUGUCAAAAACAAGAGUGGCACCAAGCAAGAGAACAAUUACUUUGCCACGGCUUGAACUUUGUGGUGCCGUGGUUUUGGCGCAACUAUUGCAGUACAUUAAGGAAGUUUUGGCGAUUCCAAAUGUCAAAAUGUACUCUUGGACGGACUUCACAAUAGCUCUAGCGUGGAUACGAGCAACUCCUGCUAAAUAG